AUGACUCCGACUGUAGCUGAAGCGAGCAUAAUAAAUGCCAGACCUAAGCCAUUUCUCCUCCCUUCGGGCAGAGUGGCUCUGGUAAUUAUUGAUAUGCAACGGGACUUUGUCCAGCAGGGCGGAUAUGGAUCUUACCAAUGUGCGUCAAAGGAAAUAUUUGCAAAAGUAUCUGAGUCUAUUGGGCCUUUGAAAUCUGUCUUGGAAAUGUCAAGGAAAUCUGGCGUGACGGUGAUCCACACGAGAGAAGGUCAUGAAGCUGACUUGCCAGAUUGCCCACCAUCCAAACUUCUACGCCAGAAAGAAAGCAACCCCUCUCAACACACUCUCUGUAUCGGUGAUAAUGGUCCUAUGGGCCGUUUACUUGUUCGAGGAGAAUAUGGUCAUGAUAUCAUAGACGACUUGAAACCACUGCGGAAUGAAAUUGUUCUCGAUAAACCUGCCAAAGGAUCGUUUUGUAAUACAAACUUUUAUGAAAUCUUAACUGCUUCCGGUAUUAGUCACAUAGUAUUAACCGGUGUCACAACCGAGUGCUGUGUCGCCACUACGUUUCGGGAGGCCAAUGACCGAGGGUUCGAGUGCUGCGUACUAGCAGACUGUACUGGUGGAUUUGAUCCUAAUAUUGAAAAGUGGACACUAGAGGGUUUCUGUGCUUAUGAUGGUUUGUUCGGGUACCUCUCCAAUAGUACCGAUUUUAUUGAUAGCUUAGAGCUCUACAACAGGCCAAUUCCAGAUUAUGUUGGACCACUGUCGUAUGCCAAGCUCAGUCAAACUUACCAGACCGAAACUAAACCGGCUGAUUUCAUUCGGAGUAUUUUAGAAAAAUCGGAAAGCCAUGAUGCUCUCGGAUUACUUUUGAAUUCUUACUUGGACAUAAAUCAACAACUAAAUGCUCUAGAAAAGUUGGAAGACGAUCCUCCAGCCCUCUAUGGAGUACCAUUCAUCACAACGGGAGAUGUCAGUUCAUUGAUAAUCCAACAUGCUGUUGACCUUGGUGCAAUUCAUAUUGGCUCUCUUCCUGAGUCCAAUCCUGUAACGGGAUUCAACAAUAACUUGGAUAGUGUAUUUGAUCAUGAUCUGUGUUCUUUCGUGAUAUCAACUGACUAUGAUGGAAGCAGCCAUAUAAUGGCGAGUAGCUACAAUAACAAGAGCGUAUACUCAUUUGUACCAUCCCCCAGAGGAGUGCUUCAGUCCAAGCAGAGUACUUCUCAUUUGUCAAUUAUCAGUUGUGAUUUAUCGAUAAUCCGCCAGUUGUGGGUACGCCUAGUGUGUUUAGACACUAUGGGCAACUACCCUACACCUCCAAUUGACUACAGGCACAUUGCGGACAGAGGUAUAAAUAUUGGUCUAUUGACAGAUGGUGAGCUUCAUAGCGACUUUCAAGAGCUAGCUCAGGAAAUUUGCCUGUUGACUUCAUCCCCACUAGUUGAAAUUGGAUUCGAUAAAUGGGACAAGUAUGUCUCUACUAUCGAAUUACUUCAUAACCAAGAAAAACUGUCAAAAAUGCAUGUUGGACAAGCCUCCUUCGCGGAGCUUGAAAUAACUUAUCUUAAAGACUUUGAAAUCCCGGGGUGGGAGGUCUCUGCAAAUGUUUCCAUGGCUCAACUACUAGAGACACGGUUUAGAGACAGCCUCGGUCCGAACAAGGCUCAUUUUCUCCUAGCUUCAACUCUUCCUAGUGGAUUCAAUAGGAACUGUUCGGGUAACAUGUCAGUAAAAGAGGCUAUCUCUACCAAAAGGAAUGUUUUUGCAUUCAACUCGUUAAACCUGCCUACUAUUACCUUGUCCGCCUUUGGACAGCUGUCUAUCACGGUUGCAGCCCGACCAGGGAUGGAUUGGGAAAUGCUAGAUUUCGUUCAAUAUCUUGUUAAAGAUAGAUCGGUAUAG